AGUCACAUUUACUUUUUAUCCAUCCCGUUUGUAUAUUUGUGUCGUUAUAUGGCCUACUUGCAUCAUCAGAAUGCCUCCUAUUGACUAUUCAAUUAAAAACUUGGAUAAGGUAGUGAAAUUAGAUGGCAUUAUUAAGAACGCCGAAUACACUAGGCUCACCGCUCCGGGUGAAAACUUUCUCAGUCUCGUUUUAAGAGUAGACAUCGAUGUGGAGCGAGAUGGGAAAAAGAAAACGGUUAGUACAGUGGCUAAACGAGUACCUCUUGGGUCAAAUAACUUCGCAUUGCAUAUGAACAUUCAGUCGAUGAAAAACGAAAUAAAAUUCUAUUCGGAUUUAAUUCCAAUAUUGACUAAAUUUGCCAGUGAAAAUGGAGUGGAUGCAUCGGAACUGUUUCCUAAAUAUUACGGAUCUCGGUUGAGUUUGGAUUCUAUAAACGGUGAUGCUGAUAGAGAGGCGUUAAUCGUACUAGAGAAUUUGAUUCCUCUGGGUUACCGAAAUGAAGACAGAUAUAUUGGAUUUGACUUGGUAACCACUAGAGCAAUUUUAAAAAGCUUGGCGCUAUUCCAUGUGAUACCCCUCGCACUGAAAUUCAAGAAUCCAGAACAAUUCAAACACGUUAAAGAAUUUCUCGAUAGCACUCACCCUAAACCACCUGGCGGCCCACAUGAUGGACCUCCUAGAGGUCCUAAACCUCCCGGUGAUCUUCCACCUCCUGCCGGUCUUCCACCUCCUGGUGGACAUCCACCUCUGCAUGGCCCUCCACCUCCACAAGGACCUCAUGGUGGACCUCCAGGACCACCUCCCAAUGGUGGUCCACCGGGUCGGCCUAAUUUUCCAGAUGGCAAAGGACCAGAUCAAGUUUUCUUCGAUACAUUUAAAGACAUGCCAGAAUUAGCGCCUUAUAUUACAAAGUUUGGGCCAUUAAUAAGCAGAGCAAACGAACCACCGAUAUUCGGUAAUAAGCCUGGUAAGGAGCCCUGGGCUACGAUUGGUCAUAGCGAUUUCUGGGUGAAUAACAUAAUGGUGAAGCCGGUGGCUGGAAAAGAACCAUUGAUCAAGAUUGUAGACUUUCAAGUUACGGGAUACAAAUCGUUUGCUACCGACUUGGUGUUCUUUUUACUUUCGAGCGUGCGAAACGAUGUUGUACAGGAUUACUUCGAUGAUCUAUUAAGAUUUUACUAUGAAGAAUUCACGUCCACCCUGAAAAAAUUUAAGGUUAACUUGGAACUAACCUACAAAGAGUAUCUGGACGAAUUGCAAACCGCCGCCAAAGAUCAAGAAACAAGACAUGCUCUCACUUUUACCACUAUCAUCUUCGGGGAAAAGAACUCUUCCAUCGACUGGGCAGUGGAAAACGUAGACAUGUUCACGCAAAUGGGAAAAAUGAUCAAAAAUAUGAAUCAAUAUCAAAAAGAUAAAAUUAUUGUGAUAGCAUCCGAAGUAUGUCGAAGAAACUGGGUAUAAUAAUUAGUGAUUUUAUAUGGUUCUCACUGUGUGUCCAAAUGAUUUAUUUAUUUUUAACUAGAUUAUUUAGGCGAGCUAGGUUAUUUUGGAAAUCUAUUAAAUUUUAUAUAUCAGUCACUUAGACAUUUAAGGAGUGAUAGCAGUCUAUUUGUUUGGCCGAAAUGUUACAGUACAUUUGGGUUAGCUUUAAUUUAUUUUUAAUGUUAAUAAACUAUUAAUUAUUUUAUUUCCAA